AAGCCCCACUCCGCCACACGAGUGAGCAGCAUACGCGCGACAGACGAUCCCGAACCGAGAGAGGGGGAACACGGAGCCGGCCGCGGAGGGGGAGCCCAGCCAAGCCAGCCAGAGUGAACAACCGUCCCAACCACCGACGGGCGGGCAUGAGGGCCACCGAGAUGUUGACCGCCGCGGCGGGGGCUGCCGCCGGGACGACGCCCUCCACGGCCUCGGUGGCCGGCCUGGCCGGGGCCAGCGGGGGCGUCCCCGCCGCGGGCGCCGGCGGGAACUUCCCCCUCGGCGCCGCCCUCCUCGCCUUCGCCUUCGCCAACCUCGUCAACGUCCUCUCCAUCUGGUUAAAGGAGAAGAAGUGGGAUGCAAGGAAGUUUCUUACAUCUUCCGGAGUUAUUUCAUCUCUUUCUGCGGCCGUGGCAAGUUUGGCUGUGGCGGUUGGCCAACAAGAAGGCGGAGAUAGCUCUGUUUUCGCCCUUGCAUUGGUUUUUGCUGCCGUUGUAAUGUAUGAUGCAUCAGGAGUUAGGUUUCACACAGGCCGCCAAGCUGCGUUGUUAAAUCAAAUAGUUUCUGAUUUAUCACCGGAACAUCCAAUUAUCUCUACCUUCCGGCCGCUUCGGGAACCUCUUGGACACAGUCCAUUUCAGGUUUUUGCCGGAGCCCUUGUUGGUUGUACAGUAGCGUAUUUAAUGGGGAAUUCUUCUGUAUGAGAAAUACUGUAGUUGGCAAUUUGCCUUAUACUCAGAUUACACUACUUUUAUACGAGGAACAUUUUUUGUGCAAAGUCUACUUUGUAUCUCUGGCCAUAUAAAGUGCCCUUCUGUUGAA